CCCCUCUGAUCCGAAAGCCAUCCACCCGAAAAAUAACGCCAUCACAGAAUGGGUCGAGAACAUUACCGUAAACAACUUCAAGGUCUGCAUGAAAGAUAUUCAGCCAUAUGGAGGCCACCACGACCCCGUCUCGAUCAGCUAUCUAGCUGUAGGCUACCUGAAUCCUUGUGAAAACAUGCAAUGCACCCACUACGCCACGUGUAAGGCUUAUGGACCAAAGGACGCGCGCUGUGAAUGCGCUGAAUCCUGUCCUACCUACGACGAUGAGCGGUGCGGUAGCGAUGGCGUCACUUACAAAAACGAUUGCUUGUACAAAAAGUACAUCUGCGAGAGUCGUUUGAAUGUGACUAUUGUGCACCUUGGGGCUUGUCAACACUUCAUCCUGCACCGUGGCCGAGUCACCCUGGAUCUCAGCACUUCAGACGUCAAAUGCGAGCUUGUCACGUUCUCCCCGAAGAACUUUGCGAAAUACCGAUUAGUGUAGGUGCAAGCUUCUAUCAAUUACUACAACACCCAG